AUGGAGCCAGUCGAACCAAGUUGUUGUUCCACAGGCCCAGACGUUGAGCAGUAUGGACUCGCUCACGUAAUCCAACCCAUGUGUGCGAAUUUAUUUUAUCAGAUCGACCAUGCCAUGCAAUUCUGGCCACUAGCAAAGCCAGCCGAAUACAAUCGAUACCUAAAAGAAAUCGAUCCGGCCAUUCAACUCAUAGGCUCGCGAGCAUUCUUAAUUCGGCCCCAACGCGACCUGCGCUGGUGGCGGCUCACCGCUCAGAUGCACUUCCCGCGCCUCAGAGUUGCCCUAGCAGGUGCGCUCGCUGCUGGAGCGCAGGGAGGCCGAGGUUUGCAUCGCCAACUUCAUGCGUCAGCCUGCCAUCUCAGCAGUAUCGGUAGCGGCGGCCGGCCGUCCGAAGAACCAGCAGCCGAACACGAUGGCGAGGUUGAGGUGCAAGGUAGCGGAGAAGCCUCUAGUGGACGAUCAAGGGCAACACCUACGAAUUCAUCCAGAAGUCGACAGACUCGUCGCAGGCCAGCCUCUGCCCUGCCUCCUGUCGAAUUGCCGCGCAGCUUUCUGGAAAGAAAUGUUACAAUACAUGACGAAGCAAGCCAGCCUCGGCUUCCGCCAGCUCUAGCAGAAGAUGCCAGGCGUGAAAAGAUAUCUCGUCUGUUCCUUACUCCGAGCACCGAUGUCCACGGCUCGAAUGAAGCCAUUCAAAAUUACUUCGAAACCGCUGUCGAAAAACUCCUUCUACGGCAUUGCGAACUAGCUACCGACUUUCUACAAUGUCAAACAGAGGAAGACAAGACCAGAUGGGAGGCCCCAGAGAAGAUUGCCAAAGUAGUCAGAAUAUGGAACAUGAUACUGGACGCUUCAUGGCAUCUGACCGAUGCUCUGUAUCCUGGUCGCCAAGCAGAAUAUAUAUACAAGAAAAGGCCGUUCUGGUGGUGGCAUAUCCACAGAGAUUUUGACCACCGGAGCAAUACCUUUCGCGACCAAUUCGUCUCUCUUGGUGUAUCACUUGACCACAAUCUCACUGCUGGAGAACACCUGGAUAUAUCACUUUCACAUGCACUGGCCGGAUUCCAUGCAGAUACAUUUGUGGCGAUACAAAGCGCUGUCACGCGUGAGCUUAAUGCGAAAGCGCCGUCAAAUUUCGAUGCCAAGACUGGCAAGCGCCCUCUCAAUAUCUUAUCGCUGUCUGGAUAUGGCGGUAAAGCCAUUGCGCAAUCGAUUGCCACACAGAUCGCUCAUGGGGGCUUUGAUUUAAUACACCUGGACGCCCAGGAUCUAUCUGUUCUUGUGGGAAAAUAUAUUGGCCAGCACUGGGCGUAUUCCCGCGGCGCAUUGUCUAUGAUGGGCUUCCGCGCGGCUGAACUCAACGGCAAAUUGCUUCAGGACCCGGAAUUUGCCAAUCGACAGUCAUCCGAAGACGAUGACAUGGACUCUGAAUCGAUUUUGAGCGCACGUGUUGCAGCAGCAGGAAAUCUAGAAGAAGACCUACAGAAGCUCAAGCAAGGCGGGUUUGAUUGCUUUGGUAAAUGGGAUUCAUUGAAGAUUGACAAAAUAUUGGACCAAAUUAUUCAAUCCGUCAAAAUCAAAGAACCAGCAAGCAGCCGGCCAGUGCUGCUACAUCUCCACGAUGUCGUUGAACUAUCCAUGACCUUGGAAGGAUCAUUCAUUUUAGCUCGUAUACGUGCUCUCGUCGAUACUGCAUGGCAAAAUGGUGUUCAGAUCGCCAUUUUUGCCACAUCUUCGAGUGAAACUCCCUCAGACGAUUAUCAGAAUGCUGUCCGCGAUCUGGCUUUUGGAGACUUUGUUGUUAGUCGUCAUCUACAGCUCAAUCGAGCCAAUAACAUUAGGCCUUGCAAGAAGAUGCAAGGCGAAUCUCCCGCUGAUUUGCAGACUACGGAUUACUUGUUCGAAAAUAUUCACAACAUUCAACGAAUGAUGCAAGCUCUUCAACCAAACAGCCAUGUCAGCGCGGAAUCCGUUGAGAUGGCUUUGCUCGAGUGUUUGCGCUCUGCCAAUACACAGCCGUCUAGUUUCAGAGGAGGUAUUCUGCCAAUUCCUGAAGUAUAUCAUCUCGCGCAGGCAUUGAACUCGAACAGCGGGGAUAUGGAGAGCUCUGCUCGCAGCGCAUUCAUGGAGCGUUUCAUCAUGGGGCCCUUGCGCCCGCUAUCAGGCCAGAAGUACCUGGAUGACGAGGCUCACGAUCGGAACUCAUCAACUAGUGAAAGCCAAGGUUCAAAUGAAGACGUCAAAUCGGAAACCAGGGCCCCAGCCAAGUUAAAUGAAUACGAGAAACGCAUACAAUCUGGCCUCAUAAACAAAGAGAACCUACGAACUACCUUUGGGGAUGUACAUGUACCUCCCGAGACUAUCACCGCCCUAAAGCUUCUUACCUCGUUGGCACUGGUACGGCCUGACGCCUUUUCAUAUGGUAUCCUGGCAGCAGACAAGAUACCAGGCUGUCUGCUUUACGGACCUCCUGGAACUGGUAAAACCAUGCUCGCCAAAGCGGUGGCCAAGGAAAGCGGUGCGAACAUGCUGGAGAUUAGCGGCGCCACAAUCAAUGACAAGUGGGUUGGCGAAAGCGAAAAGCUGAUCCGCGCGGUUUUCACCCUUGCCAAAAAAUACUCGCCCUGUGUUGUCUUUAUCGACGAAGCAGACUCGCUGCUUGCCAGUCGCAGCAUGUUUAGUAACCGGCCCUCGCAUCGUGAGCAUAUCAACCAAUUUCUGAAGGAGUGGGAUGGCAUGGAGGAAACGAAUGCCUUCAUUAUGGUCGCAACCAAUAGGCCGUUUGACCUAGACGACGCCGUUCUUCGUCGGCUUCCGCGAAAGCUCCUUGUCGAUCUUCCUUUGCGAGAUGACCGUGCCGCUAUCCUCAGGUUGCUGCUUCGCGAUGAGACGCUGGAUAGCUCCGUUUCCAUAGAUGACUAUGCCGAACAGACACAGUACUAUUCGGGCUCUGAUCUGAAGAACGUCUGCGUGGCGGCUGCCAUGUCUGCCGUGGAGGAGGAAAAUAAAAUGGCCAUGAAGUACACGGGUCCGGAGCCCUUUGAGUAUCCCGAAAAGCGCACCCUGCGCAAGGAGCACUUUGAAAACGCGCUGAAGCAGAUCCCGGCGAGCAUCAGCGAGGACAUGACGUCGCUCAAGAUGAUUCGCAAGUUUGAUGAGGAGUUCGGGAAUCGCAGGCGAGCCAAGAAGAAGUCGAUGGGCUUUGGCAUCCUGGAUGAGAAGCUCCUUACGGAUGCGCACGAAGCGCGCAUUCGCAGGUGA